CUUACAGCUAAUACUCACUUGGCAAACUUCGACAAUUUCCACAUCUUUCCUUUUCUCUUUUCAAAUGGAGAAACUAAAUCCAAAAUAAAAAAAAAAAAAUCAUUGCUGAAAAUUUUAAUACAAGAUUUUUUUUAAUUGGAGUUAAGUUCACAGUCGUUUGUACGUAUAUUCGGUGCUACCAAACCCGAUGACAGCAACUUUCAGUCCUGGUCGGAGCCCGGGGAGCUCGAGGAUUCAGUUAGGAGCUGCAAGUGGAGUGUCGAGGCUUAGAUCUUCUUCGCUUAAGAAGCCGCCGGAACCUUUGCGUCGGGCGGUGGCGGAUUGUCUUUCGUCCUCGUCUUCUUCUUCUUCUUCGUCACCGUUGUUGGUGGCUGGAGGAGUUAGCUCUUAUCACCAUGGUAGUCUUUCUUUGGUUUUAACUGAAGCUUCGAGGACACUUCGGGACUAUCUGGCAUCACCCUCAACAACUGACCUGGCUUACAUUGUUAUUUUAGAGCAUACAGUUGCAGAGAGAGAACGCAGCCCAGCUGUAGUGGGAAGGUGUGUGGCACUCCUGAAGCGAUACCUUUUAAGAUAUAAGCCCAGUGAGGAGACAUUGCUGCAAAUAGAUCAGUUUUGUGUUAACUUAAUUGCUGAAUGUGACAUUAGUCCAAAUCGAAGGUUGUCACCUUGGUCCCGAUCUUUAAAUCAACAAUCUGGGUCAUCAACAACAUCAACAUCACCUGCAAGUUCUUCUCCUUCCUUAUCUGUAUCUACUUUCGCUUCUGUGGCACUUGUAAAGUCAUUGAAUUAUGUGAGAUCCCUAGUGGCUAAACAUAUUCCAAAGCGAUCAUUCCAGCCAGCAGCUUUUGCUGGAGCAACCUUGGCAUCAAGACAGUUGCUUCCCACGUUGUCAUCUUUGUUGAGUAGAUCCUUUAAUUCCCAGCUAUGUCCUGUGAAUGGUGGAGAAUCUUCAGAGAAAAAAGAUGCUACUACUUUAUCUGUUUCAAACUUGUCAAACAUUGAGGAAGCUGAUGGAAUAGAGAAUCCUGAAUAUAUUGCAUGUGAUGUUUUGAAAUGGCGCUGGCUGGGGGAUCACCAGUUGUCAUUAUUGUAUUCUGAAAGCGAUCGAUCUGUGAGUGUUCAAGAUGCGAGAACACAUAAUUUCUUGGAAGUAGGAGCAACUGCUUUGCUUGUUGGAGACAUGGAAGCUAAAAUGAAGGGCCAGCCCUGGAAAUAUUUCGUCUCUGCUGAUAUGCCUUAUCUUGAUCAACUCUUACAGCCCUCAUCAGUCAUGACAAUUGCCAAUUCUGCUUUUGCUUGCUCCCACUUGAGAGCUAUAACAGCGUUGAAACGCAGUAAAGGAGGGCCUCAUCAAAUUUGGGAUGAUUCUCCAGCAAGCACAUUUCGCCCACGUGCCCGGCCACUUUUCCAGUAUCGUCAUUACAGUGAACAACAACCUCUGCGAUUAAAUCCUGCUGAGGUAUGCGAGGUUAUUGCUGCUGUCUGCUCUGAGACAUCUUCUACAAAUGCUAAUACCAUGACGGUGUCUUCUAGAUUAAGUAACAACAGUGGAAAGCCAUCAAUGGAUGUGGCUGUGAGCGUUCUUAUUAAGCUGCUUAUUGACAUGUAUGUCCUGGAUCCUGGAACUGCUGCUCCUCUUACUCUGUCUAUGCUUGAGGAGAUGCUUAGUUCUCCAAGAACUGCUUGUAGGGUGUGUGCUUUUGAUUUAAUUCUAAACCUUGCAGUCCAUGCUCACUUGUUGGAGCCAAUGAUAAUUGAUGAUAAUUUGGUGAUUGAAGAAGAGUAUAGUCAAGAAUUACUUUUAAAUAGUGAAGAUCAGCUUACCACACAAGAAAUAAGGAAUAUAGAUUCUACCAAGAAGUUGGGCAUCUCCUCAGCCAUUGAUAAAUUUGAGUCUUGGAUUUUAAACAUUUUAUAUGAGAUACUUCUUCUUCUUGUUCAGACUGAAGAGAAGGAAGAAUCUGUCUGGGCUUCUGCCCUAAGCUGUUUACUAUAUUUUGUCUGUGAUAGAGGCAAAAUCUGGAGAAAUCGAUUAAAAGGGCUUGACAUUAGGGUUGUCAAGGCACUUAUAGAGACUAGCCGGGUAAAUUUCUGGGCUGGACUUGUUCAUUGCAAGCUUAUAUGUAUCCUGGCAAACAUGCUUUAUCAAGUCCCUGAUGAAUCUACUACAGCAAUCAUGAGUACUGCAAGCUUUCUGGUUGACCAGGUUGACCUGAUUGGUGGAAUUGAUUUUAUCUUCAUUGAGUAUUCAUUGUCUACCUCAAGGGAAGAAAGAAAACAUCUAUAUUUGGUGCUCUUCGACUAUGUUAUGCAUCAAAUAAAUGAAACAUGCAUAUCAACAGGAGUUUCUGAAUAUAGUGAUUAUGAGAUUCAGCCUAUUGCUACACUGCUGGCUUUGGCUGAUGCACCUGAAGCUUUUUAUAUUUCUGUUAAGCUGGGGGUGGAAGGCAUUGGGGAGCUUUUGAGAAGAUCAAUUUCUGCUGCAUUAUCUAGAUACCCUAACAGCGAGCGAUUAAAUAUGUUGUUGGAAAAUAUUUCAGAGAAAUUGGAUACUACAAUAAGUUCAUUUACUCAUUUGGACAAAGAGUUCUUGCAUCUUAAACAGAUAGCAAAAUCCAACAAGUUUGUGGAUAGUAUUGAGAUUUCAGCUCUGCAAAAUGGUGUUGGAAUGAAAGCAAAGCUUGCUUGGGGCAUUUUACAUUCUCUUCUUCAUUCUGAUAGAAUCUCUUACCGCCAAAAUGGAUUUAUCUGGUUAGGGGAUCUGCUUAUUGCCGAAAUAAGUGAGUCAAGGAAUGGGAGUAUAUGGUCUAAUGUCAAGAGCUUGCAGAAUAAAAUUGCUUAUGCUGGUAUUCAUGAUUCCUCCAAUCCUUCCGGUGUGCCUUUGUCUAUUUGGCUGAUGUGUGGCCUUCUGAAGUCAAAGAAUAAUAUUGCUCGGCGGGGCUUCCUAUUUAUUCUGGAGAGGCUUCUUAUGAGGUGCAAAUGUUUGUUGGACGAGAGUGAAAUGCAACAGUCAAGCAACAAUGAUGUUGGCCCUGAUCAUAGAGAUACCCGACUUGAGAAAGCAAAUGCUGUGAUAGACAUCAUGAGUAGUGCUUUGUCUUUGGUGGCUCAAAUAAAUGAAAGGGACCGCAUGAAUAUUUUAAAGAUGUGUGACAUUCUAUUCUCUCAAUUGUGCUUGAAAGUUCCCCAUUUAACUGUGAUGCCAUCCGGAGAAGGAAUACAACAGACUAAAGUUUUUACUCACACAGAUGGAAUUAGAAAAACUAAUACGACUGAGCUUGUAUCUCAACAAGCAAGCUGUUGCUGGGAUGAAUUAAUGGAGGAAAAUGAUAACAAAUCAGGUUACAGUGUUAGUAACCCUCGGAUAAGUGAGACAACUUCUAUGGCUGUGCUGCUACUCCGAGGAGAAGCCAUUGUGCCAAUGCAAUUAGUUGCUCGUGUCCCUGCUGUCCUGUUUUAUUGGCCUUUGAUUCAACUUGCAGGUGCAGCAACUGAUAACAUUGCACUAGGUGUUGCUGUUGGAAGCAAAGGAAGAGGGAACCUUCCUGGUGCCACUUCUGAUAUUCGGGCUACCCUUCUUUUACUUCUAAUUGGUAAAUGUACUGCAGAUCCAACAGCUUUUCAAGAAGUUGGUGGAGAAGAAUUUUUCAGGGAGCUUUUGGAUGAUAAUGAUUCUAGGGUGGCAUAUUACUCUUCAGCUUUUCUGUUGAAGAGAAUGAUGACUGAAAAACCAGAAAAGUACCAACACAUGCUACAAAAGCUUGUUUUUAAAGCUCAACAGAGUAACAAUGAAAAGCUGCUUGAGAAUCCAUAUCUUCAGAUGUGCGGGAUAUUUCAGCUGUCAAAUGAUCUUUGAGCUCAGUUGGACUUGAUGAUUCUUCUCUGCAAAAUUUAAUAUACAUUCCAGUGCACUGCAGUGUUCAUUAACAUGACUUUACUUUGCUCAUGAUUUUUCAACCCUGGCAACAUUUGGCCUGAUUCUCUUGUUUCCAUUCUUGAUGUAUCCGCUAUUUUGUGAGCCCGCAUAAGAUGGUCUGUAAUCCUAAAGCAGUUCAGAGCUGCAAAAUUAUUGAAUUUAGGCCAACAGUCUGAGAUUCCAAGCCUGGCUUCCUCGGAAUCUAGAAAAGGAUUAAGAUUGUGAGCUAUGAGAUUCGAUGACAGUGUAAAUUCUUUACAUGCUGCUAUAUAUGCUCCCAGAUCUUUUGUAGAAAUAGAGAAGAAAUGCGAGGAAUAAAAAUGGAGUGACUGGAGCUAUUGAUUCAUCUGCCUUUCAGUUCUGCUACCGGAUAGUGUAUAUCAUGGCAUUUAACCAAUCUUCAGUUAGUCUUAUGCGUGACACAGUACCGAAGAAUUUCCGGACAACUACAGGUGACUCUUUCCUUUGUACAGAAUUAGAUUUUCCCCUAGCCUUCCUUUUAACAUUUUACGAUUCAUGAGGGCAAGUUAAUAUUGGCCAAUUUUUAAAGGCCAUCCUUAGUAAUAAGGAAACAAAACCCUCAAGUUUUAACUGAUGGAGGUUCCGUGCCGCGAUAUCGAUGGCAAGAAGAACAAAGGAUCCUUUAUUUUCAAUAGAUAGGAGCUUCAAAUAGGGGUAUCACAUUGGAUGUGUGUUUUUAAGGGGCAUCUCCAAAGUGUACCUAAUAUGUUUUGACAUUGGUAAAUAUGUGAAUUUGGCUAUUAUUUUUUACAUUGGUAAAUUGUUGUCAAAAUGGCUGCUGAGAAUUUGGCUUCAUAUUCAAGUUUUUGAUCGUCUGAUUAUUAUAAUAGUUUCUCUCUUUUACUUGGUUUCAGACUUUUUGUAUAAUUUUCUUUUCC